CUGAUUCUGCGACAUCAUAAACAUUUCUAUUGAUCUAUUCAGUAUAACAAUAAAUAGGGAUCGACCAAAGGUGAUAUACCGAUUUAUACAUUGGUUAUAACAUGUCAAAACAACCAUAAAGUACGGUCGUUGAUCAUUUCGUGCCAUCUUUAUCCAUGGACCUUACAGUCAUCAGGUCAAGAUAACGGUGAUUUGGUUAUUGUGUUCGAGCUGUCGAUAAAAUAUAAUCUGUCUCUAAAUUCGGUGGACGUUGGACGGACUACUGAAUUUAAUGACAGUUGGAGGGGAUUAGUUCAAGAUGGCAGCAACUGUGAAGCCGACAGAAGUUGAACCACCGGAUAGAUACGAGGUGAUGAAACAACUUAAAGAAGUGGUUGAAACAGAAGAAAAGAUACUUCAAGAUGCCCGACAAUCUUUUAAAGUAUCACUGAAUGGAUUUGUUAAUAAAGAUAUAAGUAAAUUAUUUAAAUUAGCUGUUGUCUACAGUCAGUGUUUUAAAAGUCUUGGCAUUACCUCGAAAGAUGAAUUGGAAAAUAUCAUCACACGGAGAAACUUCUGGCACAGUGACACUCCUGAUGUUGUAGAACAACUGUAUGAUAAUGAACGAAUGUGGGACGACAUGUUGAAGGAUGUUGAUAAACAGUUUAUGAAAGACGGCGAUUAUGUCGUGAAAGAGGAUGAGGUUGGGCCAGUCGACGUACCAUUGGUUAACGCCAGGACGGGAGAAUCUGUGAGAUUUAAAGAUUACCUUGAUUCCUCGUCGAGCCUCAUUCUGGUUCUUCUACGACAUUUUGCCUGACUUCCAUGACGAGAUCAUGUGACACAGCUCAUGGCUGUCCAGGAAGAAAUUUCUAACGCCAAGAGUCGAGUGUUACUGAUCUCGUUUGGAGUUCAAGAGGGAGCUCAAAAAUGGUUACAGGAGAUGAACUGUUCUUACGAUAUGUUACUAGAUAAAGAUAGAAAGGUAUAUCAGACAUUUGGAUUGAAGAGAUCAGUUUUUAAGGUGUGGAGUAUAUCAAGUAUGACUUAUUAUGCUCAACAAAUGGCUGAAGGCAGAGAUCUACCUAAACCAUAUGAGAAUAUCCAUGAUGAUCCAAUACAAAUGGGAGGUGAUUUUAUAAUGGAUAAAGAAGGCAAGAUGAAGUUAAUAUACUGUAGUGUCACACCUAGAGAUAGACCAUCUGCAUCCAUGUUGUUAGAUAUUAUCAAGAAAUGAGCUGAAUGACCAGGAGAAGAAAUGAAGACCACUACUUUAAACUACAUUAUAUGAUAGUAAUAAUUGAAAUGAGCAAUAACAAUUAAAACUUGAUGGCCAUGAUGUAGACAAAGAGUAUCUGGAUUCACUUUCUUUUCAAUUUGUUUUAUGACAUUUUCAGAUAAAUUUUAUAACAUUUUCAAAUAAAGUCUAUAUUUUUA